AUGACAAUACUGAGCGAGAAAGUUGAUAAGGAUGGUGGGGUGCAUUUGUCUGGAGACGGUCAGUUUGACAGUCGUGGAUACUCGGCAUAUAUAUGUCGGUUUUCGAUUAUGGACGUUCAGUCAAAACUUUUGGUUGACUUCGAAACCAGUAGAAAACCCAGAGGAGGAAAUUCAAUGAUUUUGGAGAAGAGCGGUCAUGAGCUUUGUUUGCCAAGAGUUAUAGGAGAUCUCCAAUUGUUGACUGGAAUUGAUCAUCCGGUACUGUCUUUUACGACAGACCGGUGUGUGAAUCUGACACAAGCCAUGAAGAAUUAUCCGUCGAUUCACCACUACUAUGACUCUUGGCAUUGGAUAAGAGAUAAAUCUGGAUAUGAUAUGCGAUCCGAAAUGGCAGUUAUACAUUGGAAUGCUCUUCAAUUUGAAGAAGCCGCUGGAGAAAGAAAAGUGAUAUUCAAGUCUCCUUUCUUUUGUAAAACAAAGAAAAAAGUGAUUAUGAAAUCUAGAAAAUCGCCAGCUAAAAACUUGUGGAGAGACCAGGUAUUGAAUAUGACAAAGUCAUUGUUUUUGAAUCGUAGUGUCCAGGAGCCUAUGGAUAUGGAAGAGGAAGAGAUUGUGACUAGAGCAGAAACUGAAGCGGAGAUGUACAGGCAACCAGGAACAUCGACUGCGGGUCUUUGA